GUGUUUUAUUUUGACAAACACGUCGACCUCUUCAGCGCGUUUGGCUUGAUCAUCAUACCGUACUAGACGAGCGUUAACCUCGUUUUUUUAAUCAUAACAUUGGUUCCGCUGGCACGUUUCCAGUCGGACCAAAUAUUAUUGAGCAAAACCACCGAAACUGGAUUAGUUGUUGCUCCACAACUAGUUUCCAUGAACUAACUGAGUCACUCUGUUGAGUUAUGAGGCGAUAUGGUUUUACGAGACAGCAGACUCCUAGUUAGCAGUCUGUGUGCAGCUAACAUGGAGCCACGACACAGAGAAAUCCUCAGGAAACACAGAGUGGAGCUGUCAAACCAGCUGCUAGUCAGCGACACGGUGCUUCCAUUCCUGUACCAGGAGAGCGUUUUAACGGAGAGUCAGGUUGAGGAGAUUGAGUCGCAGAUAAGCAACAAAAAGAAAACGCUGAGGCUGCUGGAUAUCCUGCCGAGCCGCGGUCCGCUCGCCUUCGACGCGUUUCUCAGGUCGCUGGAGGAGUUUAGCUGGCUGAGGGACAAAAUACUGCAGGAGCUCCAGGCACAGCGAGCAGCGGGACUGGCCUCGAAAGAUGACUGGCACAUUCCUGAAGCAGUCCUCCAGAAGGUUCCGUCCGACCGGGAGCUGUCCCGGCUAGCCUCCCGCCUCGGUCCCGAAUGGGAGUCAGUUCUCCUGGACUUGGGACUGUCUGCGGAGGCGUUGUUUCGCUGUCGAGCCGAUCAUUCCCUCAGCACCCACGGGCAGGUCCUGGCUGGCCUCAUCCAAUGGCGGCGGUCUCUUGGGAAGGAAGCCACAGUGCAGCAGCUCCUCCAGAGCCUCCAGGCUGCAGACAUCCACCCCUCUAUCCUGGAGGAGGUCUUCCACUGACAGAUAGCUUUCCCAUCCUUUGCAGCGCCUUCCAGCAGCUUCAGAGAAAUGUACCCACCACUAUUCCUAACAUUCCAGAUCUGCCAUGGAUUUGUAAGCCUGCAAACUUCCCAUCCUCCUUCUGUCCUGUUAUUGUUGUGUGUAAAGUGCAAAAAAGAGAGGACUAAAAGCCAGCAAAGCUUUAUUUUUUCUCAUCUUAACAUUGUCUCACUUAUUGACAGUUUGCAACAGUUAGCAUUUGGAGCAUCCAGCCAGCACUCAGUAACAAUGAGAGGAAGACAGCACCACUACUGUCCUACACAACAGCUAGGGGAGAGGGAAAUAAUAUCACAUUUUUCAAAAUGUGUGAACUGUCCCUUUAAGUGGAUAAUGCCCUUGGUGCUUCUUGACCUCCCAGUGGACAUGGCCAUUAUAAAUGUCAGUGACCCAUUACCACCCGAACACAAACACCUGGUAAAUACGAGAUGGUCACAUGAUAUUUUUCUGACUUUACAAGGUAACAACCUGAAUCUGACUGGCUGCUCCUGGCCUCUGGCUGAUCAUGGACUCUGAUUCAUUGCAUAUCACACCAGAUCAGCUUUGUUGAUUUGAUACUGGUAAAUCAGUCCAACUUUUCUAAUAGCAGCAGUUUAAUUUCAGAGCUGAUGAGACACAAACGACUCUCUUGAACUGCUGAAACAGCAAAUGUGAAAACCAAUGCUGAUGCUUUUAUAUUUCUCCUCCAGACUACCAGAUAGAAACUUUCCCUGAAAGGAAAAGUGAUGCUCACUCAGCAGCCAUACAUGUGCAUUACCAAUCUCUCCAAAUAUUACUGGAUAAAAUAGUCAGACAGUCCUUGGAGUUAAAGUUUUCACAUUAUGAGACAAAGGUUUGAAUUGAAUCGGUUUGAUUUGUUCUUUUGCACUGUAUUUCUGUGUUACUUGUGUUGCUGUAUGAACUCUGUGAGUGUGUGUGUAUGUGUGUCUGCGAGCGUCUGCGUGCCUAAGAUGCGACUGAAUGGAGAGCUGGUUGCUGCUGAAUGGUAUAUUUGAUACAGCAGACAGUGUGUCCAAGGCAAAUUUCCUUCAGGGACACUAAAGUUAAUAAACAGAUAAACUUUGUAGAAAACAUCUUCACUGCAGCUCCUUGAUGCUCAGUUAGUGAGGAGUCGCAGCUUCAAACCACAUGAUCACCACAAGCCAAUUAAAUUGCAGCAGCGAUUAAAACAUUUUAAGAACAUACCGACAUGAAAUUUCAUCAGGAUCAAGUCCUCGGUGAGCCGUACGUCCACCAAAAAUUUUAGAACAAAAUCCUAUCAGGAGGCAUCAAAUUUGAUACAGAACAUUGCACAUGUUUGUUAUGCUCCUCGCUGAGAUGGACAGUUUUGCCUCUUGCACCACUGGUGUCAACCAUUGGUCACUAAGGCAAUUUUUUGCUAUUUACGAUCGUUAAAAAUGGAACCGAAGUGUAGAUGUCAUCGGCCGGUUGUCUGACUGGGACAAAACUACGUGAAACAUAAUCAGGCCAUGGCAUCACUGGCCCAUUUCCUCCAAACCUGGUUUGCUAAGUUGACAUGACACAGUGGAGAGCAUGAGCAACAUUUGGCGCAAAUCUGCCAAUUUGGGGCACCACAUGGUUAAAAUUAGAAUUUUUGAAAUGCUUAUAAUUAACACUGAUUGGCCUAGAUGCUUGUGAGUGGUGUCAUAUGAUGCAGAAGCUCAUGCCUGCCAGCAUUCUUACAGACAGCUCUCUCAGCUAUAUUUAUAUUUCUCUCUCCAAAUUAAUCAUUUUUGAACUCCAUGACUUUUUAAUGAGCUACAUGUAGUGCUUUUAAACCUUGUGGCCCUAAUUACAGUUGGAACAUCAGGAUUAUACUGGUUGUGAGCGUGACAGGAGUUUUUAAUAUUUUGAUAGAGGACAUAGCGUGUGUAUUGCUGAUUGGUUUUUAUUUCAGAUCAUCCUGUGGCUAAUCCGCUCAUCAUUUGUUCCCCUGGACAUGCAUUAACUUGUAUCUGAUGUGUGUAUCUCGAGCUUCAAUUGACUGGGUGUCUGGCUCACUGAGUGGUUUUCACAUUUUCCUGGAAUUCCAGUGAAAUAAAAGUUCACACAGAUAUAUAACGGACUUACUUGAUUCGCUGUAAAGCGCCAUCAACAGCCCAUUGUGCCUGGAAGCAAUCAACAACCCACACGGCCAACACGGCAACAAUAGCUCCUCUCACUAUAUUUCAUUAAUUCCUCAACAGCCAGUACCAAGGUCAGCUUUCUGUUUGUGUCAAAGUUUUUAAGGUGGUCUGAUGGGAUUUCCAGUCCUUUCAAAAUCGUCCAGCUGUUGGUGCCUUGUGGAUUUUUUAUGCACAUAUUUAUCUGAUAAAGCCUGUUUAAACCAGUCACAACUUUGGUACAAUUGAUUGGAUGUUUUGUUUUGUUUUUUUUUCUUUUAUUAUUUUUUUACUUGUUGAAAUGUGAUAAAGUGCAAAUAAAAUCAAGCUAAG